AUUUAAUUGUCCUUUCGAAAGCCAUUAAACUUCACCUCCCUACUCUGCUCUACCUGACCCUGCACCAUCAUGUCCGAUUUCGCCAAAAGCUUUGCAAAGAACAAACUUGCUUCACUGCCCCCCGAAGCUCCCCUCCGCGAAGAACCAGAAUAUGAAGACGAUUCCUCGUCAGCAUCAUCAAUGUCCAGCACUGGCACCGUUAUCCCUACAUCUUCGCAACGACCCGCUCCUGCAAUUCACUGGUCCGACUACUUCGCUCAGGAAUUUUACCUCGAGCGUCCGGCCGUAGCCAAAACUUCCGACACAGCAGCCCAGAGCCAUGCCAAAUUCCAUGUGUACCUGACACCCCCGAGCUCUGCCAAGUCCCCGCUACUCGUACUGCACCAUGGAGCUGGUAGCUCCGCCAUGAGCCUUGCGCUGUUUGCAAAGGAGGUUCGAAAAGGUCUCCCUGAUGCAGGUAUCCUCGCUGUAGAGGCCAGAGAUCACGGGAGCGUAGUGUGGGCAGAGGACGGUUCCAUUGAUAACGAUCUAUCGAUUGACACCUUGACUAAUGACCUUUUCGACAUGCUGGCUCUCACCCAAGCAAAGGUUGGCUGGACCGAACUACCUAGAAUAGUCCUCGUAGGACACAGCCUAGGCGGUGCUGUAGUGACUCAUGCUGCGAACAAGAACCAACUUAGUAGCAAGCUUCUCGGCUAUGCAGUGUUGGAUGUAGUGGAGGGUUCGGCCAUGGAUGCUCUGAAGCAUAUGCAAGCGUACCUCGCUACCAGACCAACAACAUUUCCUUCAUUGGAAGCUGCUGUCGAGUGGCAUAUUCGUUCGAGGACGCUGCGGAAUCCUCAGUCUGCGAGGGUUAGCGUCCCCAGUCUGCUCAUACAAACGCCAGAGGGUCGCUGGGCGUGGAGGACGGAUUUGAGUACCACUGAAGCCUACUGGGAGAAUUGGUUCACGGGCAUGUCAUCUAAGUUCCUCGGUGGAAAGGGUGCAAAGCUACUCCUCCUCGCAGGCACAGAUCGAUUGGACAAGGAGUUGAUGAUUGGUCAAAUGCAAGGUAAAUAUCGCUAUAUCUAACGUCCCUUUACUACUUUUUCCGGAUUCCAUGUUUUAAUAUGUUACAGGCAAAUUCCAACUUCAGGUCUUCCCUACAGCAGGUCACUUUCUCCAAGAAGACCAACCAGAGAAGAUUGCGGAAUCGAUAGUCGAAUUCGUAAAGAGGAAUGAUCGCAGUACCAUGAUUCUCCCACCGAAGGUAUCGGAUCUUCUUGCUCAGGGCAAGAAAGUUUGAGUGCAGCCGGACAGCUGCAAACCCGAUUCCAUGCUUUUCAUUAGCUAUAAAACUCAGCGCCCUUGU